AAGUCAGAAAAAUUAGCAAAUCUCGAACAAAAUAGAGCAGAGAGUUCCAUCAGUUUUACAAUUAUGAAUAGAUCUAGAUCUAAAUCUGAAUCCAUUGUCUGGAAUCUAUUUGUAAAACAUGCUGCAGGAAAAACUUCCACAAUAAUUCUGGAGAGGAGCCCUCAUGAAAUUAGUGUGAAAGAACUAAAAGUAAUGGUUGAAAAGAAGACGGGGGUGCCUACUUCAGAGCAGAGAUUGAUAUUUGGUGGCAAGCAGCUGGAGAAUUCAAAGAAACUUGGCGACUAUCCUUUACUUAAACAUAAUGCGACUGUUUUCUUGAUUUUACGUCUACCUGGAGGUGCUGACCGAAUCUCUUUGGAAGAGAGGCACACGCCAAUGGAUCCUGGACUGCAAUACAGUGUCGAUGAUCCCUGUAUGAUUUGCUUUACUCAUCCUAAUGAUGAAGAUCAGAUCUACACCGCAAGGAGGUUACCACUAGUUAUGCCUUGUCCAGGAGGUCACUCUGUCAUGCAUCCGCACUGCUUCAUGCAGUACUGCCAAAAUGAGAUAUUUGAUAAUAAGAAGGAAGCCAUUUGCUGCCCGCAGUGUCAAACUGAAUGGUCGCUAGAUAUCAUUAAAAAAUACGGAGUAGCUACCGAGGAAGAAAUUGAAAUAUUCGCAGAUGGAAUGUCUGUUAAUGUCAUUCACAAUGAUCCAGAUGUCACUGAGUGUCCAGGCUGUUUGAGUUAUUGUGAGCGACGAAGUAAAAAGGAUAUUCGUAUGCAUUGUCGCAUAUGCGCUAAACAAGGCAAGAACUGUGAGUUCUGUUGGCAUUGCAAGCUAAACUGGAAGACUCGUGGGACCAAGGAAUGUGGCAACACUAACUGCAAAGCUGUUGAUAUUCUAGCACAAAUCAAAGCCGCCCCUUUAAAGAGGGUAGUUGGAGUUCUUUGUCCUUCUAUACGUCUUUGUCCUUACUGUGGUACUGCUAUACAGCAUGCUCAUUCUUGCAAACACAUGAUGUGUUCAACCUGCAAGUGUGAGUUCUGCUUUAUCUGUCUAAGACCUGCAAGGGAUGGCUCCUGGCAGUGUGGUCGAUACAAUACAAAGUGUGUUCCAGCUCCAAGACAAGAAAAAGUACCAACAAGAAAAAUUAUUAACUAAUUCAGGUUGGAUUGAAAAAAAAACAAAGUUAAUUACUGUACUGUAGUAUGGUAUUAGCUAGAAUUGUUUUGUAGUUGA